ACUCUUUACACCUUUCCUCUUGUCUGGAAGGUCUCAGCAACGUGGCAAAGGACUGUUUUCACCCCUUAAGGCCCGGAAUGUCUCCCCUCCGGAGUGGGACAAAGUCUUUGCUCACAUCACGCAAGCAGAGAAUGAAGAGGAUUUUGUGGCAGUGGCACACAGUGACGUGGCGCAGCUCUGUGGGGCCCUAAUUGUGCUCUGGAAGCAGUUCCUCGAAGUGGUUGCCGACCAGGACAGAGUACGCCAACAGCUAGCCCGCCAGCGCCACCUUCAGCGCGUCAAGCGUUUCGCUGAGGCCUACUUCGUCAUCGAGCGGCCACGCAUCGCCGUCCUGUCGGCCAAUGAUGCCAGCACGCAACUCUUCUUUGAGGUGACGGAGGCGCUUCGGCGAUCCGAAUACCUUGCCCUGCUUCCUCCGUUGGAAGUUGAGUGUGCCGAGUUGGACGGCGACAGCAACAACCUGCCCAUCAUAUACGAGGAACACUACCAGGAUUUCAAGACAACACCUCAAGGCUGUGCAUCUCAGUCCUGUCUGAAUCUCAGUGACAUUUCGCUCCAGUUCGAUGACAAGCGUCCCUCGGCAUCCGCCGUCAGCAGUAUGAAGCUGUCAGAGAGGGCCGCAGUGGCUUCCAAGUUGCUGGGCGAGAAACUAGCGCCGCUACAACAUGGCUCGCCGACACUCUCCGCUGAUGCUGACCUGGGUUCUCCCACCUCUACAUCAUCAACAUCGUCCGCAGAUACCCAAGACCGCGAUGGUGCCACCCGUUCUGGGAAAGGAAGCGCUUCAUCGUCGCGAGGCAAAGUCAAGUUAAAAGCACGCACUGCCAGCCUGCUCCGGCAGCUGAAACGACCGCACCUCAACAACUCGUCCGUAACGCUGCUUGCGUUCAAGAAACUUGAUGCGUUUCGGAACCGGGCUGUGGAAGCCGGUGGGACCGCUUCCGGCUCGCAGAUGAAGCACUCGCAGAGCUCAGUUGCAGUCACGUCGGCGAAUUUGUCACUUCCACGAACCGCCGCAACGCCUUCGCAGUCUCACCUUCUCAACAGUGAGUCGAUGCCCGACCUGACAACCCAGUUGGUAGCGGUGCCGGCACGGACGGCACCACAAGCUGUACCUCCAGCUCCGCCACCACCAAGGUCACGAGUAGCAAGCGACAGUCUCAACGCCAACUUUGAUGCGCUGUUUGUCAGUGAUCCGCUCGUUGCAAGAAAGGCGGUGUCGGAGUCGUGCUCAUGCGUGAGACCACACCUUCGGACUGCCCUGGCUCAUAGCCUGACGGCCGCGAAAUACAGGCGGUCCACGUCAUCGUGCCAUGUGGGUUUCGACGCCCGUCGCACUUCAGCGCCGCUUUCGAAUGCACACGACCCGAGGAGAGGGUCUCUUGGGAUUCCUGACUUUCGGCGGGAAUCGCUUGGAGUUUCCGAUUCGAGACGGGAAUCCCUCUGCAUUCCGGACUCGAGGAGGGAAUCUCUCGGAAUUCCCGACUCGAGGAGAGAUUCGUUAGACGAGGUCUUUCUCUGUCCCGGAACCGGAGGCUCCAGUAAGUCCACAUCGGGUUACGAGAGCGCAGACACGUCCUCCGACGUUGUGACGAUUGCUCCGAUGCCAGAGAAAAAUGCUACAUCACCGCUCGAUGGCGGUACGUCAUUGCCUCCUCUACCACCACCGCAGUUUCGAGACAACCCCAAGGAUGCUGCCAUUGGAAAUGUUGUUGCCCGUACUUCUUCAACGUCAUCUUGUAAAGAAAAACAGUGUAGCAACUCUUCCUGCUCUCGGGAAAAAAAUGCUAAUGGUUCCACCCCGUCUGUGGAAAAACCGGUCGAACCCGUGAAUCCUCCCAUGAUGGCAUGCGAAGGUACGGCAUUCUUCCCAAAGCCACCGGCUGAGUUUGCGAGCGAUCAGGCUCCAAGCUCGGCUACCGUGCCUGUUGAAAACGGUGACGAUGAAGAACAGCCCGCAGAGGAUCCCAGUAUGAUUCAGAACGGCGUCGAGAAAGAAGUGUGCCCUUCAGACGAGGAGGCAAGGCGGCGGUACGAAGAGUGUAGGUCGUACCUCGAAACGAAGUGCACUCUGAUAGAAAUGCUGACCGACCCGAAAGACGAGUACCAUGCGGCCCUGGACAGUGUUGUGGAGGCGUCGCAGGAAUUCUGGCAGCAGAUAGAGGCCGAGAAAGACGAAAAUGCGAACGACGAAGCUGAGGACGUCGUUUCCGUGCGGAGGGCUUCUGCAGUCAAUGCUGACAUUGUCAGCUUUGUGAAGGCGAAAGAAGAAUUUCGUGCCCACCUAAACAUGCCUUGGCUCUGGUACAGUGAUUUCCCGGUUCUUGCAUCGUCAGUCCCCUACUUCCAGUGUGAUAACGACCUGCGAGCAUUCAGCCCUGAAGGACUUCAUCUUGUGAUAUGUGUGCAUGGCCUGGAUGGAAACAGUGCCGAUUUGAGGCUAGUCCGCACGUACCUUGAGUUGGGCCUACCCAUGGUCAACUUUGAGUUCCUCAUGUCCGAAAGGAAUCAGGGUGAAACUUUUGAGGACUUUGAAACCAUGACAGACCGUCUCGUUUCUGAGAUUAGCUACCACAUUGAAGUGUUCGCUCUGAAGCCAGCCAAAAUCAGUUUCAUCGGCCAUUCGUUAGGAAACAUCAUCAUCCGCAGUGCGCUUACCCGACCCGAAAUGAAGCCUUACCUGAGCCUGCUGUGUACAUUUCUCUCGCUAUCAGGCCCUCACCUCGGCACACUGUUCAACAACAGUGGCCUCGUCAACAUGGGGAUGUGGUUUAUGCAGAAGUGGAAGAAGUCUGGUUCCCUGCUCCAGCUGGCCAUGACGGACACGGCUGACAUUCGGCAGUCCUUUCUCUACAAACUCAGCCAGAAGCCGGGAUUGGAAUUUUUCAAGCAUGUUUUGCUCUUCGGGUAUGCAGACCGAUACGUGCCCAUCCACUCGGCAAGGAUUGAGCUCUGCAAGGCGGCAGUCAAGGACACGACGCCAAUAGGGGCGGCGUACCGGGAGAUGGUGAGCCACCUCCUUCAGCCACUGGCCAGCAAGCCGGACAUCAGCCUGGUGCGCUAUGACGUACACCACGCGCUGCCCAGCUCGGCCAACUCGCUCAUCGGCCGUGCUGCCCACAUCGCCGUGCUCGACUCGGAGCUCUUCAUCGAGAAGUUUAUGGUGGUUACGGGUCUGAAGUACUUUGCGUGAGACAUGCCCUUCAACUCCCUCCUCUUUCACUUUUUGUCUGUUCGAGGCCGGCGUGUGUCAGCCACCGAGGUUAUUUUACCAAACCGUGCUUUUACUCCAUUUCAUGCAUCAGAUACAACACUGUGGAAGUUAUGAAGGGAGCUUGAGCAUGUGUCUCGCGCUUUGAUUUCGGCGUCAAAAACAUGGCCUCUGCGAUUGGCUCUGACUGUGCAUCAUCGGAACUAAUCACGGAGGCUACGAUGAAAAAACAGAGACCUUUAGUGAUCCAAACAACCUGUAGGCAACCGUCUAAGUAAUGGGGUUAGUUUGUUAUUUAAAG